AUGGCAUCCAAACAAGAAAUAAUGAGUGAUCAGCGGUUUACCCGAGUUACUAAGGACCCAAGAUUUUGGGAAAUGCCAGAAAAAGAUAGAAAAGUCAAAAUUGACAAGAGAUUUCGAGCCAUGUUUCAUGACAAAAAGUUCAAAUUGAACUAUGCCGUGGAUAAAAGAGGGCGCCCCAUCAACCACAGCACUACAGAGGACUUGAAACGCUAUUAUGACCUUUCAGAUUCUGAUUCAGAUCUCUCCGAGGAAGACAGCAAAACAUUGAGCCAAAAGAAAAUGAAGAAGAAAAAAUCCCAGACUACAAAAGGAAUAGAUUCAAAAAAUCUACAUGAGGAGAAAAGGAAAAACAAAGAAACCAAGAAAAUUAAUCAAAAGGAUUCUGGAAAUAAACAUGAAUUAGAUAAUUCUGAAAGAAUUCAGAAAAUGAAAAAUUCAUGUAAGUCCAAGAAGACAUAUGCAAAAGAAAGUCCCAAGAAGGAUUGUGAAGAAUUUACACAAAAAAGUACCAAAGACAAAAAAAACAUUGUUCUGCAUAGUACUGACUUGUCUCUCAGAGAAAAACUAAGGACGGUAGAUACUGGCAUCACUGAAACUGUAAAAUUUCCCAAGGUCAAGUGCUUUGAGACAAGAAGAGAAAUACUGUCAGUGGUUCCUCUCAUAAUGGAAGGAGACAGUGAGGAAAACACAACAGAUGGUGAAACGUUUGAUAAAGAUGCUCCGGAGAAAGGUUCAGAAAGUGCUAGUGAAAUGGAAGAUGAUGAAGACUCUGAAGAUGAAAUAGAGGUUGGUAGCACUUCAGAUGAUGAUGGCGACAAUGAAGAUGAAGAUGAGGAAGAUGAGGAGGAUGAGGAGGAUGAAGAUGAAAGUGACAGUGGCCCUGACCUUGCUAGGGGUAAAGGAAAUAUAGAAACUAGUUCUGAAGAUGAAGAAGAUAUGGCAGAUUUACUUCCAGAGGAAUCCGGUUUUGAGCAUGCUUGGAGAGAGUUAGAUAAAGAUGCUCCUCGGGCUGACGAGAUUACACGUCGAUUAGCAGUUUGCAACAUGGACUGGGAUAGACUAAAGGCAAAAGAUUUGCUGGCUCUGUUUAAUUCAUUUAAACCUAAAGGGGGUGUUAUAUUUUCUGUAAAGAUUUAUCCUUCGGAGUUUGGAAAGGAGAGGAUGAAGGAAGAGCAAGUUCAAGGACCAGUAGAAUUAUUAAGCAUUCCUGAAGAUGCCCCUGAAAAGGACUGGGCCUCUAGAGAAAAAUUGAGAGAUUAUCAGUUCAAGCGACUGAAGUACUAUUAUGCAGUAGUAGACUGUGAUUCUCCUGAAACAGCCAGUAAAAUUUAUGAGGAUUGUGAUGGCCUGGAAUUCGAAAGUAGUUGUUCUUUCAUAGAUCUAAGGUUUAUACCAGAUGAUAUUGCUUUUGAUGAUGAGCCCAAGGACAUAGCCUCAGAAGUGGAUUUAACAGCAUAUAAACCAAAAUAUUUCACAUCUGCUGCAAUGGGAACGUCUACGGUGGAGAUCACUUGGGAUGAGACUGAUCAUGAAAGAAUUACAACACUCAAUAAGAAGUUUAAAAAGGAGGAGCUUUUGGACAUGGAUUUUCAAGCCUACUUAGCUUCCUCUAGUGAAGAUGAAGAGGAGAUAGAAGAGGAGCUACAAGGUGAUGAUGGAAUCAAUGAAGAGGAUGGUGGGAAGACAAAGAAAAGUCAAAAAGAUGAUGAAGAACAAAUUGCUAAAUAUAGGCAGCUUUUGCAAGGUAUUCAAGAAAAAGAAACGAAAGGCAAAGAAAACAACAUGGAAAUGGAAAUUAAGUGGGUUCCAGGUCUUAAAGAGAGUGCAGAAGAGAUGGUCAAAAACAAAUUAGAAGGAAAGGAUAAACUGACUCCUUGGGAACAAUUCUUAGAGAAGAAAAAAGAGAAAAAAAGACUGAAAAAGAAACAAAAGGCUCUUGCUGAAGAGACCAGUGAAGACGACCUUCCCUCCGAUGUUGAUUUGAAUGACUCAUACUUUGCUGAAGAAGUUAAAAAAACAGGUAUAAAGAAAAAAUCAAUGAAAUCUACAAAAUAUGGCACAUCUCCUGAGGAAAAAACUGAAAUAGAAAAACAAAAGGCUGAAAUGGCUUUGCUUAUGAUGGAUGAGGAGGAAGACAGCAAGAGACACUUCAAUUACAACAAGAUUGUGGAACAUCAGAAUCUGAGCAAAAAGAAGAAAAAACAGCUCAUGAAAAAGAAGGAAUUAUUAGAGGAUGACUUUGAGGUAAAUGUUAAAGAUGCACGGUUUCAAGCAAUGUAUACUUCCCACUUGUUCAAUUUGGAUCCCUCAGAUCCCAAUUUCAAGAAAACAAAAGCUAUGGAAAAAAUCCUUGAGGAGAAAGCUCGGCAAAGAGAACGAAAGGAACAAGAACUUACUCAGGCAAUAAAGAAAAAAGAGAGUGAGAUUCAAAAGGAAUCACAGAAGAAGCCCACUGAUCCUGCCUUGUCAAUGUUGAUCAAAUCUGUAAAAAACAAAACAGAGCAGUUUCAAGCAAGAAAAAAACAAAAAGUCAAGUAACUGGGUGUUACUUCUUUUUUGUUCUCCUAAAAUAUACAGAAAUAGUGAAGGAAUAUUUACUGGGAACAAAAGUACCUUUCAAGAAUUUGAAUAAAAUCUUCUAUGACCAUUGUAAAAUUUUUACCCUAAAUAAUUGUUGGACCUAAUUGUGGAUGAUUGAAAGAUUUGUACUAUAGAUUGUCAUAGAUGAAUUGUAACUAAUUUGAGUUACCUGAAUUAAAGAAUUUAUAAUUAUUUUAUUUGAAGAAACUCAGUUUAUACUAAUAGAAAAUUAUCUUUUCCAAGACUGUUUACAAUUCUCUGUAAAAAAUAGAACUGUGUCCAGUUAAGUCUGUGUAAGGGUUAGGGACAAUUUGAAAAUAUGUAUUUGCAAUACAUUAAUAUCUCUGGAAUAGGAGGCAGAUUUAGAUAUCUAUUAAAAUUAUUUAUUUUUCUAACCAUAAAAGGAUUGAAGCUAAGAACUUUCCUUUUUAGCUUGAUCAUGUUUAUUAUAGUUUAUGAAAUUAAUUUAUAAAUAAAAUUGUAAAAUAUUUUUAUUUUGUAUAGCACUGAUGUAUUUCAUUUUAUGCACUUCAAAUAAACUGCUUUCUGGAAAAAUAUCUGAAAAAAUGACUUCAACUCUUUAAGAAGACAACUCUAAAGAGAAAGUUCCAGGUUUGCCCGGUUCAUAAUUAUAUUUGAAAUGCUUGUGAACUUUCUGGUGGUUUUUCUAUUUGUAGUAAGAGAAAAUUCUUUUGUCUGCUCUUCAGAUUUUUGAAAUACUUGGAAGGGUGUAUAUGCUAUUCUAGAGUUUAAGGACAUCUUGAUUCUUUUUUAAAUUAAAAUAAAACACAACUUCAAGGCCUUAACACUCUUGGGUCUCAUCUGGUUUAGAUUUUAUAAACUAUUACUGAUCACCUGGAGAAGAGAAUUAGGUGUACUUCAUAAAUAAAUGAAAAUAAAACCAAAAUGGUCACUUGGAACAAAUGAUAAAUAUGGUAGCUUCUGAAAAGCAGUAGAAGUUUGGCCAAGUUUGUAGUUAAUAGUAAAUUUGAUAUUUUUGGUAUGAAAAUUCAAGCCUGCCAACGUGGAACAUUUUUAAAAGGAUAGGAGGAUACAAAACUCAGAGUGAUAUCAAAAUAAAAACUGUAUACACUCUCAAAGGAGAAGGAAAACAGAGGACAUUUAAAUUGCUCCUAACAGUGAAUAAAAUGCAAAAUAUCUAUAAACAGUUGUGUUUUUAUUAUAAAGCACUGAUGAUGUUAGAAUAUUCCUCUGAAUAAAGCAUCUAUGUAUUAAACUUCCCCGUAUUUACUCAUCACUGAAAGACCAUGAAUCUUAAUAUUUUUAUGAAUACAGGCUAUAAGUAGUUCUCUAGAGGUUUAUAACAUUUCAUCCUAUGCAAGGAAGAUUUUUGUUCCCUUAAAACUUUUUUAAUUAUAGUGUUGGGAUUACUUGGAGUUUAAAGUUCCUGAGAAACUGAGCACUUUGUUUCCUGUGUUUUGUUUUUGAAGUCAUUGCAUUUAAUUGUAAAUGUCAUUUUACUAGCUCAGCACAUGAUUGAUUAUAACAAAUAAGUUGAGUACAGAAAUUGUACCCAACCUUGGCUCCUUUUCUCAAAGAGUUGAUAGUUUUUAGGUAAGAAAAUCAAUGAGAACAGCAGUAUCGGGUACUACUUUGUGUCUUUCUAUAGCAAGAACUCCAGGGCUCUUCAAAAAGUAUUGCUGAUAGGGAAAUUCAGGAUUAAAAAUGGCCACAGUCACAAUUCA